UGACAGCUCUAUGCUUCCGCAUAAGCCAAAAUUCAUGCAUUGUUCCUUACUCCCACACUCUACAAAGCUUGCUUAUUAUUACAUGCCUUUCUAACGAAUCCCUUCACUUGUCUGCUAGCUUCCAUCAAUUCAAAUCUUUGCUUCAAAGUUUCAACCCCCAACCGCCCCGACCCGGCGCUCUUAUAAGCAUACGCAUUAAACAACUCCGAUCCUCACCAACAAACUGCAUUGGCGGCGAAACCGAGAAUUCUAUCUCGCUGCUGCAGAUCGAUGUCACUGCGAAGAAAUUGAAGCAUUUUGCUUCCUCAUCAUUUGUGCAAAUCCGGAGGUUUAUAUACGCAGACAUGUGUAUGUGGUGGCGCUGGUGGGCAUGGUGGCUGCUGGCGGCGGCGGCGGCCGCCGUCCGCGGAGGAGAUGUCACGUACGACGGGAGAUCACUCAUCAUCGACGGCCAACGGAAGCUUUUGUUCUCCGGUUCUAUUCAUUAUCCUCGUAGCACCCCAGAUAUGUGGCCUUCUCUAAUAAAAAAAGCCAAAGAGGGAGGGUUGGAUGUAAUACAGACAUACACGUUUUGGAACCUUCACGAGCCUCAACCUGGUCAGUAUGAUUUUAGCGGAAGAAAGGAUAUAGUGAGAUUCGUGAAGGAAAUUCAAGCACAAGGUCUUUAUGCAUGCCUUCGUAUCGGACCAUAUAUUGAAGCUGAAUGGACUUAUGGGGGCUUCCCGUUUUGGUUGCAUGAUGUCCCCGGCAUUGUUUUCCGAUCUGAUAACGAACCCUUUAAGCUCUACAUGCAAAAUUACACAGCAAAGAUAGUGAACAUGAUGAAGUCAGAAGGGCUGUAUGCUUCUCAAGGAGGUCCUAUCAUACUGUCACAGAUUGAGAACGAGUACCAGAAUAUAGAAGCGGCGUUUGGGGAGAAGGGCCCAUCUUAUGUUCGUUGGGCAGCAGAAAUGGCAGUGGGACUCGAGACUGGCGUGCCAUGGGACAUGUGUAAGCAAGAUGACGCUCCCGACCCUGUUAUUAAUGCAUGCAAUGGGAUGAAAUGCGGGGAAAUCAAUUUCGCUCCAAACUCGCCAAAUAAGCCAGCAAUUUGGACAGAGAACUGGACAAGCUUCAUUCAAGUAUACGGCAGCAAUGCAACGCUCAGAUCAGCAGAGGAUAUAGCUUAUCAUGUUGCCCUUUUCAUUGCCAGGAAGAACGGGAGCUAUAUCAACUAUUACAUGUAUCAUGGGGGAACCAAUUUCGGCAGGACAGCUGCUUCAUUUAUGAUAACAGGUUAUUAUGACCAAGCUCCCCUAGAUGAAUACGGUUUACUCAGAGAGCCAAAAUGGGGUCAUCUAAAGGAGUUGCAUGCAGCUAUCAGAAUGUGUUCACAGAUCCUUCUUUCGGGCACGCCCUAUAAUGUUUCACUGGGUCAAUUUCAACAAGCCUAUGUGUUCCGUGGAGAUUCAGGAGAUUGUGCUGCGUUUCUAAUAAAUAGUGAUGGUAAACAAAGUGCAGUGGUGCAAUUUCAGAAUUCUUCAUAUGAACUGCCUCGAAAAUCUAUUAGCAUCUUACCCGACUGCAAGACAGUAGUGUUCAACACUGCCAAGGUGAAUACACAAUCAAAUACAAGAUCAAUGCAGCCAGCACUCAAAUUUGACUCAGCUCAGCAAUGGGAAGAAUUCAAAGAGCAAGUUGCCGAAUUUGAUGACACCACCAUAAGAGCAGACAAAUUGCUAGAGCACAUGAAUACGACUAAGGAUGUAUCUGAUUACCUAUGGUACACAAUGAGUUUACAGCAAGAUUCCUCAGAUCCCAAAUCUGCAAUCAGUGUGAAUUCUUUAGGACAUGUUUUACAUAUAUUCGUUAAUGGAGAACUAGUAGGUUCUGCACAUGGAGCUUUUAGGAGCUCAAGUUUUACACUAGAGAGCACAGUUUCUCUGAAUGAGGGAAUGAACAACAUUUCCCUGCUGAGUGCAACGGUCGGAUUACCUGAUUCAGGACCAUUUCUUGAGCAUAGCACUCUUGGACCCCAUAAAGUGACAAUUGAAGGCAGUGAAGGAAGUCAAGAUCUUUCUAAUAAUUCUUGGGGAUAUCAGGUUGGAUUGUUGGGAGAGAAGUUACAAAUUUACACCACAAAAGGAUCAAAUGUUGUUCAGUGGAAAGAGUUUAGCUCUGCUCAACCACUUGUAUGGUAUAAGACUUUUUUUGAUGAGCCUGAGGGCAAUGAUCCUCUUGCUUUAAACCUUGGCUCUAUGGGCAAAGGAGAAGUUUGGGUUAACGGCCAAAGUAUUGGCCGAUACUGGGUCUCAUUUCGUACACUUGCAGGAACACCUUCUCAAACAUGGUACAAUGUUCCUAGAUCAUUUCUCAAACCAACAGGAAAUCUGUUAAUUUUAUUUGAGGAGGAACAUGGAAACCCUUGCGGCAUCACACUUGAUACAGUCUCAAUCACAAGUGUCUGUGGACAUGUGACAGAUUCUAACCCACCAUUUCAAAUUCCAUGGAAGAGGUAUGCAAGGAGGCCUAAGGUACAGCUCAAUUGUCCACCAAACCGCAAUAUUUCUAAAAUUUUAUUUGCGAGCUUUGGGAGACCUUCUGGUGACUGCAGUGCUUAUGCUGUUGGGAGUUGUCAUUCAUCCAGUUCUAGAGCCAUUGUUGAGAAGGCUUGCAUAGGGAAAAGGAAAUGCACCAUCUCACAAUCAUACAAAAGAUUUGGUGGUGACCCAUGUCCAGGAAUUCCUAAAUCUCUACUGGUUGAUGUGCAAUGUGGGUGAGAGGGUAUCAAGUUCUAACAAUCUUUGCUCAAAAUGAUAGGCAUCAUUCAACACAUUCAUUCUAAGUUCAAAAGAAGAUACAGCAUAAUAGAUACUAGAUAGUUUAAUCCUCUGAUAGCAAAUACAUAUCCAAUUCAAAUCUGAAAUUUUUCAACCCAUUCCAGCUGUACCUAAUGAUUAACUUUUCAAGUGGGAAUAACUUUUACAAAGAACAGAUGACUUCCAGUGAUAAAAGUACCUAAGCUUUAGAAUGAGUUUUGCAGACUACAAGUCUAUGAUCACCAUGCAGAAAGACUGUAGCAGUAGGAAGAAGAGGCAACUGAAGCUAGCAUACAGGAUUACAGGCCAUGUUUGCUGAAGAAUUUUAUUGCAACCUUUUACUGGUUGAUGUACAACAUGGGUGAAAGAGCAGCAAGUUCUAACAUUCUUUUCUCAAAAUGAUAACAUAAUUGCUAAUGAUCUAGAGGCACCAUUGAAUAUAUUCAUUCAAAGAUCAAUACAAGCUACAGCAUAGUAAAUAGCUUAAACCUAAGAUAGCAAAUAUACAUCCAAUUCAAAUUUUUAGUUUAUCUACCCAUUUCUGGUGCACCUAAUAUUUAAAUUCAAGCAGGAAUAAUGUUUACAAAGGACAGAUAACUUCAUUUGUGAAAAGUAGCUAAGUUUUACAACAAGUUUUGGGGACUGCAAUUCUAUCAUCACAAAGCAGAAUAAUUGUAGCAAUAGAAAAAGGAGGCAACUGGAGCUACAAUAUAGGCCAUGCUCGGCAAAGAACAUGAUUAUGGAUUGUGAAUAAUCUACAAUCCACACAAAGUUACACAGGGAUUAUUGGCUUAAAUAAGUGAAAUGGUCGUGUAUAAUCAUGGUCAAUAUUCUUUGCCAAACAUGUCCAAAGUAAUGAAGUAUAGUAUUUAGUUUACAACCAUUCAAUUUAAGCAUCUUUACUGGACAGCACGUCAGCACCAUAUGUGAUGUUAUUUGAAUUGCUUUAUUACAGCUUGGAUCCCAACAAUUACAUAAAUGUAAUUUCCUUAACUGAUUAAAGAGUUUAUCAAAGUGUGCUAAAAGUAAACAGCUUAUGAACUAUGAAGUGUUAUUAACAUUCAGAAUUGAUGAAUAUCACUUAAAAGGAUAAUAAAGUAAAAGCCAAACUCAAAAGGUUUAAGUUCACUCAAAAAGAGAGAGAUAAUCACUCUUUGUUGAUAAGAGCCACGUGUUUCCAUGCAGCCCAUGCAUUAAGACCACUGAUUUUCAAUACAAUUAGUAAGGGAAUAGUAAGUAAUCACCAUUUUACACACGUCCAUUAAACUACAUAUACAGGGAAAAUAAGUGCCAAGAAUGGGAGAGCAGUCUUGCAUAAAGCAUACUAGUCCUAGAAGUUAACAUCUGAACUGAACCAUACAGUAAGGAAAUAACCACCCAAAAAAAUCCUGUAAAAAAGGAAAUAACCAAUAAAUAAACCUGCCUACAGCAUCUCCUCUCAGAAAAAAUAUAUAAACGGCAGCACAUUAAUACUACAAGCUAACUUUAGUAUGAAGAUGCAUUUGAAACAAAACAAAAAGCAAGGACC